UUACAUAAUACAAAAUUAAAAAAAAAAUAGAAUUUAGACUUUGGAGGMUAUGAAGUUGCAUACUCUUGUACAGUAGGUGGCGGUAUGCACCUGGAAGUUGUUUGUAAUCCGCCAGUAAACGAAAAGAAGAAGAAUAAGGAAGAGGAAGGUAGAGCUCAAGAAAUAAAAUAMUGUACUAAAUAGUAAACUUUAGUUUUAAUACAGAAUUCGCGCAUCUUCAGAAACUUACACGGUGUCUAAAUGGGUGCAUAUUAUUGCGCCAUAUGUAAACAGACGACAUUCUCCGGCGGGAAGAAACACAUUUUUGGGAAAAGUCACCAAAGCAGACUCAGAGUUGUUCUUCUCAAGUUUACAGAGAAGGUGAAAGAAGCUCGCCGAACACUUAGAAAACCCCAAGUUGAAAAGUUUGAUUGCACCCAGCACAAGCUUACGUUUUGGUGCUACUGCUGUGGGGCUGAGGUUGAGAAACAUGUUACAGAUGACAACAUGACCGUCAUGUACGGAGGUUUAAUAGAACACAUGGCCACAAGACAACACAAGAAAAAUACUCACAAAUUCUGGUGGGAAAAUAAGGCUGAUCCAAAGAUUAGAGACAAAGUCCUCAUCACAGAGGAGGAAGCUGAAAGGUUUAAAGCUGAAGUAGAAAAAGUUUUGGAGUCAUUCGUGGAGAAAGAGGACGAACACAUUAAAGAGCAAGCUGACUUUAUCCGAGCUCAGGAAAAACAUCGGCAGGAGGUCUUUCAGUCCCUUUUAGAGCGUAAUGAAGAACUGGAAGUGUCCAAUGGACCCAGCAGCAGCAGCAGCCUGUCUGCUGACAUUUCUGCCAGAUGUCAGUUUCAAUCUGAAGGAUCAGACCAGCCAGUGAGGAGCGUCUUYGUUGAUUCGGUGGUUGAGGUGCCACAGGCUGCAGUUGGACAGGAGCUGACAUUCAUAGGUUAUCAGGAUUCAUCAACCUGUGGAAAUGUUCAUACAGGUGCCUUUCCUCCUUGGCUCCAAGAUGAUCCUUUGGAGGGGUCCUCAGAAGCUGCUCCCCAGGCAGAGAUCGGYCCAUCGCUCCAAGAGUUCCUCAAACAGAAGGAGCAAGAGAAGCUGAGGAAGCUUCCUCCGAACAGAGUUGGGGCCAACUUUGAUCACAGCUCACAUACAGACGCCAACUGGCUGCCCUCGUUUGGAAGGGUUUGGAACAGUGGGCGGCGCUGGCAGUCCAGGCACCAAUUCAGACAAGAGGAAGGUCAGAAGAAAAAACAGAAGAGGAAGCGGGAGCAGCACGGCGCAGAGGCCUCGAAGAAAACGAAACUGAAUGAACAGCCAACAAACUCUGACAUGUAAAAUAUGAUGCCCUGGAACUCAAAUAAUAAUAAUAAAUAAAAAUAAUAAUAAUACAUUUUAUUUGAAGGUGCCUUUCAUGGCACUCCAGGAUACUGUAUAAUUAAAAUACAAUAUAAAAUGCAGCAAAAAACUAAAUAAUGGACAAAAAAAAGUCAUUUUGUUACCUUACUGAUAUGUUCAAAUUAACAAAACAAUACAUUUUGAAAAUGUUUUAAGCMUUUAUGUUAAUAUAAAUACUUGCAGUGACGGUGUUUACUUGGUCUAACAAUUUGUAGCUAUUUGCAGUUUUUGUUUAUGUAGAACACAUUUGAAGCUAGUUUCAUAUUUUAACAAAACUCCAUAUUACACUGUUACACUUAUUUGGUUCAGAGUCAGAAAUGCAGAGUUUGUGUUGUGKCCUAAUUUGUCUCUGAGCUGCAGCAUCAAAUCAGUGGAUUCAACUCAUGUCCUGCAUCUUUAUCAAAAUUGUAGAAAAAAGUGAGAAUAGCGGAGCUGUUUUAUAAAAUGACCAGCAGGGGGCGCAAAGAAUCUUACAGAAUUAAUUUGCUGCCUUGUAAGUUUGACUAAUUCUGUUUUUAUUAUUAUAUGGGGGGAAAAUGUAUCAUUUUUGUAACUCACAUAGGAGUGGUGGUAUUCCAGGUGUUUCUUUUUCAUAUUUGACAGGCAAAGAAUAUGUACACUCAAUAAUAAAUGCUCAUUUCCCUUUUUA